AUGCCCCUUACGAUAUACAGAGCUCUUUCAGCCACCAGCCUCAGCGCCCGAAACAGCAGCACAGACAGCGAUAACGUGGCAUCAGAAGCAGUGGCGACGAUAGCCACGGAGGCGACGAUAGCUCAUGCGGCCAUAGGUCAGAAAGACGAACAUCUCACGGUAGCAAUGCAAGCACUAACGGGCCACAUAGAAGGCGACCAGGCAUUAGAAGUCCGGGGGCUGGCAGAUCAUGAGUCUGGUAGCCACACAUCUACAGUUGAGACAGUGGCAGAUUGCAUUAUAGUCAAACCGACAGUAGUACAACAGGCAGCGGUAGCCGAGUCAGCAGUGGAGGGAAAGGUAACUGCGCCAAAAAUCAGAUAUAACGACCCGCAAGCAGUCUAUCAGAGAUAUAUUGAGUCGAGACAAGCUUGGUACGAAACGCAGCUGCGUGGCAGUAUCAAGACUAACCAGAGUACCGAAAGGCAAUGGGUAUGCCCCAGCGGUACAACAAGGCGGAGCUUGCUUGGUGCCUCGAUUGGAAGCAGAUGGGUAGGCAAUGUAAAGCGCAAAAAGAACGCUAGAGACUGGACGAAGGAAGAGAUGAUGUCGUAUCUGGAUUGGGACAAGGCUGAAGAAGACCGGGUUGAAGCAGUGGUAGCAGCUGAGAUGGAAGCCAACCCUUUCUCUGAGAGACGAGGCAUGGGUGACAUCUGGAAGGCUGCGGCAGCGGACUGUGCAGCACAAGAGGCACUGUAUUUAAUCAAGUAA